GCCCGGUGUAGCGGCACAGCGGGUGAGCGGUGGGCUGCUGCAGGCGCGAGGAAGCGGAAGACGCUAGCUUUCCUCAGGCAUUUCCGGAAUAAUAGCGGAGCUCAGACCCGGGCGGGAGCGCGGGGCACGGUCCCUGCCUGGCGCCGCUUUCUCUCCGCCGCGCCCCGCCCUCGCGGUGGGGCUUCUGGGCCAUGCUGGGCCGGCGCGGAGAGGGCGACUGUGGCUCCUCCACCGAGCGCCCCGCGGCCCCGAGGAGUCAGCACUGGCAGCUGUGUGGAGCUACAGAGGAGACGUUUCUAAGCUUUUUCACUGCUGUUGUCUUGGGUGUGGGUGCUACAGUAUAAACACAGGCCCUGACAGCCAGAAGCAGGAAUGAAGACCGUGCUCAUGGUAGCAGAAAAGCCAUCCCUGGCACAGUCCAUUGCCAAAAUCCUCUCCCGAGGAAGAGCACUUGGAUCCUGGAUACUGAGUACCCAGCAAUGACAGACGUCCACUUUGACCUCCCAGUUGGAGGAGGAAGAGCCCCUACUUAAGCUGAGGAUGCAUCCAAAGGUCCAGAGGGGGAACAUGUCCUCACACAAAGGGCUGAAUGGGGCAUGUUCAGUGCACAAGUACACAGGAACCUUCGCUGGCCAGCCUGUCCACUUCAAGAUGACAUCUGUCUGUGGUCAUGUGAUGACCCUGGAUUUUCUGGGAAAGUACAACAAGUGGGAUAAGGUGGAUCCUGCGGAGCUAUUCAGCCAAGCUCCAACAGAGAAAAAGGAAGCUAACCCCAAGCUGAACAUGGUCAAGUUCCUGCAGGUGGAGGGCAGAGGCUGUGACUACGUCGUGCUGUGGCUGGACUGUGACAAGGAAGGCGAGAACAUUUGCUUUGAGGUUCUUGACGCCGUUCUGCCUGUCAUGAAUAAUGCCCACAGUGGUGAGAAGACAGUGUUCCGGGCCAGGUUCAGUUCCAUCACUGACACAGACAUCUGUAGUGCCAUGACCCGCCUGAGCGAGCCAGACCGCAAUGAGGCACUCUCAGUAGAUGCCCGCCAGGAACUAGACCUACGCAUCGGCUGUGCUUUCACUAGGUUCCAAACAAAGUAUUUCCAGGGAAAAUAUGGAGAUUUAGACAGCUCUCUCAUCUCCUUCGGACCAUGUCAGACUCCUACUCUGGGAUUCUGUGUGGAAAGACAUGAUAAAAUCCAGUCCUUCAAACCAGAGACCUACUGGGUGCUACAGGCCAAGGUUCAUACCAAUAAAGAGGAGUCUCUCCUUUUGGACUGGGACCGCGUUAGAGUGUUCGACCGGGAAAUUGCGCAGAUGUUUUUAAACAUGACAAAGUCAGAGAAAGAAGCUCAGGUGGAGGCUACAAGCAGAAAAGAAAAGGCCAAGCAGAGACCACUUGCUCUAAACACAGUGGAGAUGCUGCGUGUGGCCAGCUCAGCUCUGGGUAUGGGACCGCAGCAUGCCAUGCAAAUAGCUGAGAGGCUGUACACCCAGGGCUACAUCAGCUACCCACGGACAGAGACCACCCACUAUCCCGAGAACUUUGACCUGAAGGGCUCUCUGCGACAGCAAGCCAACCACCCUUACUGGGCAGACUUGGUAAAGCAGUUGUUAGCCGAAGGCAUCAAUCGCCCACGGAAAGGCCAUGAUGCUGGCGACCAUCCUCCCAUCACACCUAUGAAGUCAGCUACAGAGGCUGAAUUAGGGGGUGAUGCAUGGCGACUGUACGAGUAUAUCACCAGACACUUCAUUGCCACAGUCAGCCAUGACUGCAAGUAUCUGCAGAGCACCAUCUCCUUCAGAAUUGGACCUGAAAAAUUUACAUGCUCGGGAAAGACAGUCAUCUCCCCAGGCUUCACAGAGAUCAUGCCUUGGCAGAGCGUGCCCCUGGAAGAAAGUCUGCCCACAUGCCAGAAAGGUGACACCUUCACUGUGGGUGAGGUGAAGAUGCUAGAGAAGCAGACGAACCCACCAGACUAUCUGACUGAGGCUGAGCUCAUCACACUCAUGGAGAAGCACGGUAUCGGGACUGAUGCCAGUAUCCCUGUGCACAUCAACAACAUCUGCCAGCGCAACUAUGUCACUGUGGAAAGUGGCCGCCGGCUCAAGCCCACCAACCUUGGCAUCGUCCUGGUACAUGGUUACUACAAGAUUGAUGCAGAGCUGGUACUCCCCACCAUCCGCAGUGCAGUGGAGAAGCAGUUGAAUCUGAUUGCCCAGGGCAAAGCUGACUACCACCAGGUCCUGGGCCACACCCUGGAUAUCUUCAAGAGAAAGUUCCACUAUUUUGUUGAUUCUAUUGCUGGCAUGGAUGAGUUGAUGGAGGUAUCCUUUUCACCCCUGGCUGCCACGGGCAAGCCCCUCUCACGUUGUGGGAAGUGCCAUCGAUUUAUGAAGUAUAUCCAGGCCAAGCCAAGCCGCCUACACUGCUCCCACUGUGACGAGACCUAUACCCUCCCCCAGAAUGGUACCAUCAAGCUCUACAAGGAGCUGCGGUGCCCAUUGGAUGACUUUGAACUGGUCCUGUGGUCCUCAGGCUCCCGGGGCAAGAGCUACCCACUAUGUCCCUACUGCUAUAACCACCCACCCUUCCGAGACAUGAAGAAAGGCAUGGGCUGCAAUGAAUGCACACACCCUACCUGCCAGCACUCACUGAGCAUGCUGGGCAUUGGCCAGUGUGUGGAGUGUGAGAAUGGAGUCCUGGUUCUGGACCCCACCUCCGGUCCCAAGUGGAAGGUGGCCUGCAAUACAUGCAAUGUGGUGGCACACUGCUUUGAAAAUGCUCACCGAGUCCGGGUAUCAGCUGACACCUGCAACACCUGCGAGGCCGCCUUGCUUGAUGUAGACUUCAACAAAGUCAAGUCUCCCCUUCCUGGCAACGAGACACAGCACACAGGCUGCAUCUUCUGCGACCCCGUCUUCCAGGAGCUGGUGGAGCUGAAGCAUGCAGCCUCCUGCCACCCCAUGCACCGAGGUGGUCCUGGAAGGAGGCAGGGUCGUGGGCGUGCCCGGGGCCGGAGACCUCCAGGAAAACCCAACCCCAGGCGGCCAAAAGACAAGAUGUCAGCCCUGGCUGCUUACUUUGUAUGACAACCCAUCUUCCCUCACUCGAGCUCAGUGUAGACACAUCAUGGUGGUUGCCUUUGAGCCACUGAAACUAUUAAAAUGCUUUUUAUUUUGUA